AUUACAUAGUAUUGUUUACUUCUGACGACAGUGUAAUCUGAUCUAUCUGAUUUUUUGACUCGAUUCAGUAGGUAGGAUACAAAUUAAUAAUAUAAACUGAAUAGCUCUUAUAACUUAGCAGGAUUGUCUAUUGAUAUAAAUUUUAAGUAAAAUAAAUAGUAUUUGUAUACUUAUGUUAGUAAAUGCAUAAAAGUUAUGUACUAUUUAAAUCCGCUAACUCAUGUUAGUUCAAUUGGACAAACAGCAUCGUACAUUUGGGAAUCAAUUGAAGCAGUACCAAAGCAAUUAGGUUUAAAACCAAGAACAGAAGUAAAAAUGCCACCACCAGUGCCCUUAUGGAAGUUGGCUGCAGCUACAGGACCAUUUGUUAAACUUGCUGCAUUUAGUGGUGCUGCAGCCACAAUUCUUGGUGCUUAUGGUUCUCAUAAGGAAUAUCCAGAGCAUGAGAAAGUAGAUCGAAAGCAAGUAUUUGAAACUGCAAGUCGUUAUCAUUUUAUUCAUACAUUAGCAAUGUUAGGAUUACCUCUUUGCAGAUCACCUUAUGUGACUGCAACGUUCCUAUUGCUUGGAAUAGCACUGUUCUGUGGGACUUGCUAUUAUUCUGCAUUUACUGGUGAUAAACAAUACAAUAGAUUAACACCAGUAGGUGGUAUAUGUUUCAUACUAGGAUGGUUAAGCAUGUGUAUUUAAAAUAUUAAAAAACAUAGGAAUGUAAUAAUAUAUGUGAAGAAGAGAAGGAAGCUAACACGCAUAAAAGAAGUUUCUAAUUACUGUAUAUAAAAAUAAUUACUAAUAAUUGGAUUUACUUUGAAAUAAACUACUUUUUCAUAAGAUGAAACCAUUUUUUAUAUUAUGCAUGUUACUUACGAAAUAUUGUUAAUUAGAAGAAAUAUUUCGUCGGCAAGCAACAUUUGUAUUUUCAUUUAUUGAAAAUUGCUAAAGAAAUAUAAUAUGAUCUAAAUAAAAUUAAAAUGUGUUUAUGCUAAUGAA